AAAUAGUUUGUUUGAUAGAUCUUUUAAAAGAAAAAAUAAAUAAAAUUAUUGAAUAUAGAAUUAUAUUAAUGAGAUAGAUAAAUAUAAAAUAAUAUUUAUGAUGAAAAAGUACAUAUUUAUUCUUCAGAAUGAAGAAAUACGUCAUCCUUACUCUGAUAAGUGCUAUAAAGUUAAUAUAUAUCUUUUUAAUAUAAAUUAAAUAUGUAAAUAUUAAAAAAAUUCACAGAUUCUAAAUCAGCUUAAAUAGGAUUAGUUGUUGCCUUGGGUUUGAGUGGAGUUAUUUUUGGUUAUCAUAGAUAUGAGAAAUAAAGGCAAUCAAGAAUAAUUCUUAAUGAAAAUAAUCCAUUAGCUUCUUAAAAUGAGUUUGGAUAGAAUCGAUUUUUAACAGAAAAAGGAGCUUUAUAAAGAUGGGGUUAAUUAAUAUAAGGAAGUAUAUCUUAUAAAGUAGAUUUAUUAUUGAAGAAAGGUAUUGAUAAUUAAUAUUAUGUAGGUGAAUCAUAUAGUGGUUUAGUAACAUUGGAAUUUGAUUUGAAGAAUAGUUUGAAUGAUUUGUAUGUUGAUUACAGAGGAUAGAAAGUUGUGAGUUUGUAUGUAAAUGGAAAUAAGAUAAAUAAUUUGGAAUGGAAUGGAUUGUUUAUUAGAAUACCAAGGGAAUUAUUAAGUACAGCACAAAAAAAUAGAGUGAAUAUAUAGUUUGAUUAAAAUUAUGCUAAAGAUGGAUGUGGAUUACAUGGGUUUAUAGAUAAGGAUGGGAAAUAAUAUUUAUAUAGUUAAUGUGAAUCUUAUUUUACAAAUAGAUUGUAUAUUAAAUUUAAUAAAUUAGUUUUCCAUGUAUGGAUUAACCUGAUUUAAAAGCUAAAUUGAGAUUUACAGCAGUUUGUCCAAAAGAGUGGGUAGUAAUUUCAAAUGAAAAUGCUGAUUAAAAUGGAUUAUAUAAUACGAAUUAAGUAGUUAAUACAAUUAAGGGUUAUUAACCUGAAGAGAUUGUGUAAAAUUAAUUAUAGAAUCUUGAGAAUGCAGAUUAAUAUAAUUUUUGGGUAUUUAAUGAGACAAAAGUAUUACCAACUUAUUUAUAUGCAAUGGUGGCAGGAGAAUAUUGGUCAGUUUAAUUUUAAGGAGAAUAAGAUGAUGUUCCAUAGACAAUUUAUUGUAGAGAAAGUUUAAAAGAUCAUAUGAUGGGAUUAAAGGAUUUUAUUUUUGAGGUGACUAAAAAGAGUAUGAAAUUUUAUGAGAGUUUCUUUGGUGUAAAAUAUUAAUUCAAUAAAUAUGAUUCUGUAUUUGUAAAUGAAUAUAAUUGGGGUGCAAUGGAAAAUCCUGGAUGUGUAACAUUUAAUGAUAUGUAUGUAUUUAAAGAAAAGAAACCAGCAACAAGUUAUACAUCAUUUGCAAAUACAAUUACUCAUGAAAUGGCGCAUCAUUGGUUUGGAGAUUAUGUUACAAUGAAAUGGUGGAAUGAUUUAUGGUUGAAUGAGAGUUAUGCAGAUUUCAUAUCACAUUUUUGUUAAGAAAACAUAUAAAUAGAGUCAAUUAAAUUAUCAAAUAUUCCUGUUAUGUUUAAUUAAAGAAAGGGAUGGGGAUAUAGAGAAGAUUAAAUGAUAACUACUCAUCCAAUAGCUGGUUAAGUUAUUAAUACUGAAGUUGCUGAAAAUAUUUUUGAUGGAAUUACAUAUUCUAAAGGUGCUUCAGUAAUGAAAUAAUUAAUGUGUAUUAUGGGUGCAGAUAAAUUUGGAUAAGCUUGUGGAGCUUAUUUUAAAGAGUUUGGAUGGAAGAAUGCUGUUUUAUAAGAUUUAAUUGAUCAUUUAUAAAAGAAAUUUGAUAAUCCUGAUUUUACAUUAUCAUAAUGGAAAUAGUAAUGGAUUGAAACUGCUGGUAUGAAUGAAAUUGAACCAGAAUGGAAUUAAAUAGAUAGAUCUCAUGAAGCUAAAUUAACAAUAUUUUAAAGACCUGCAUUGAGUUAAUUUCCUACAUUAAGAAUUCAUAAAAUAAAAAUAGGAUUAUUUUGUGAUGAUGGUACUAUAGAUUGUAUUGAUACAGUAAUUAAAGCAACAGAAGAAAAUGUUGUUAUUUAUAAUGGAAGUAAAGGAUAUAGAGCAAUAUUGCUGAAUUAUGAAGAUCAAUCAUUUGUUAAAGUACUACUAGAUAAAGAAUCUACUAAAUAUUUCAGUUAAAAUUUAUAAUCUGUUAAAGAUAUUCUAACUAGAACUUUAAUUUAUAGAGCACUAUUUGAUAGUGUAAGAGAUGGCAAAAUAUCUUCAGAAGAAUAUGUAGAUUUCUUGUUAGCUUAAUUACCAAGAGAAAAUUCAGAUGAUAUUUUAAAUUCUUAAUUAGUUUAUUUAUAAGCUGCUAUUGGAACUAUGACACCAAGAAGGUAAAGUAUAAUUACAAUUAAUUAGAUUUAAAAAGAAUCUUGGAAAAAGAGUUUUCGUAUUUCUUUUAGAAUAAUUAAUUAAAGUUAGUAAAAUACCAGAAUCAGAGAAUAGAUUAAUUUUAUUAAGAAAUAAUUUAUCAUUAUUUGCAUAUGAUAAUUCUUGUAUUGAUGAUUUAUUGAAUUGGUUUUAAGGUUAAAAUUAAGAACUUUAAUAAAUUGAAUGCACUAAAGAUAAUAAAUGGGCAAUUGUUAAAUUAGUUCAUGCUUCUAAAAAAUAUGAUAAUAAUCCAGAAUUAAGAUAAUAAUUACUUUAAUAGAUGUUAUAAGUUGAUAAUUCUGAUGCUGCAACAAGAGCUUAAUUAAAAUGUUAAGCUCUUAUUGCUAAUGAAUAAGAAAGAGUUGUUCUUUGGUAAAAAUUCAUUGAUCCAAAUAAUAAAGAAUCUACUAAAUUGAUUGCAGAAUCUAUGGGUGGAUUUAAUAAUGAAAGACGUUAUUCAUUAGUUGAACCAUACUAAGAUAAAUUCUUUGAAGUCCUUAUUUAAAUAUUCUAAACAAAAAGUAAUGAUUUUAGUAAAACCUUUUAUGAUUAUUUAUUCCCAAUUACUGAUGAUUUGGCUAGUCUUUGUAAUGUAAUUAUAUUUAUAUAUUAUUAGAAACUUGAAAAAUUAAGAACAUCUAUUCCUUAAGAUUUAAUUACCCUGAAAAUAUCAGUUGAUAAAUCUCUAGAUUCAGUUAGGAGAUAAGUUAAACAAUUUGAAUGUUUUUGUCUUUAAGCUAAAUUAGCCACAACAUAAUAAUAAAUAAUUGAAAAUGAGGAAUGAGAGAUAUCAGAUAUAACAGAUAUAACAGAUAUAAUAUUUAAUACA